CGGGAUAACAGAUGUGGAUUCAUGUUGUUUUCAUAUUCAUAUAAGCAGGUCAAUUCACGUCUACAUAUCAUAUGCUUACCGUGUACACAUUGUUCACUGUAUGCAAACCUCGACACAAGACCAAUACAAAGCAGCAAAAUGCGUGUAGCUGGAUAUCUAGCGGUUGCUAGCGCCGUGUCUUUGACAGUAUACGCUCGUCCAUUAGGUAGAAGGCAAGAAGCUGUUGGAUCCGAUCCCUGCACACAAGGGCCUGCAUACUGGUGUGCUAAGCCAGAAAACGCAGAGGAGUGCAAUGCUCAAGACUAUGAUUGCAGCAUUGAGGAUGCAGAGGCUAGUGAAUCCCCAGCGGAUGUCAAUGUUAUUCUGCCGGAAUACAAAGGACCCGAUGGACAAGUUUUAUUGAGUACUUUUACAGGAGAAGAAUGUGCAGGUGCUGCCAGAAGACAGUUCACACGUGUUUUGAAUGAGUGUAUAAAGGAUGAUGGACGUGCCUUCAAUGGUGCGUCCGGUUUGACAGAUGGCGAUGCCGCGGUGGUGGAUGAUCCCACAGCUCAGAAUGAUUAUGCUCUGUAUUACUAUGAUAUCUAUGAAAACACCCUGACUAAAUACGAGUUCAUUACCGAGGAUUGUUCGGGCGAUUCCGUUGCCUCAGUCGAGCUACUUCUGAAAGAAUGUCUCGAUUACGAGUCAGAAUCGGUGACAUUCUCUGUCAUCAACUCUGAACCUGCCAGCGUAUUCCUAGCAAAACCCCCCCAGCCAUUAUUCUCAACUGGGGAAGACGGCAGUACAGAACCGGAGGCGUCUGAGAGCCCCGAGGCGAGUAUGCCAGCUGAAUCCGAGGCCAUAUCCGAGUCCAGCGCACCUGUAGAAAGCGAUAAUGCCAGCGCACCUGCCGAAAGCGAGGCCGCGAGCGCAGACGAGGAUGAUGAUGGUAUACGUGAUAUUGUAGAAGAAGCUUCGAUCGAAGCCGAUGAAGCGACUGCUGCAGCCACUGAAGCCCUGGAAGAUGCGAGUGAGGCAGCCGAAGAUGCCAGUGAGGCCGCAGAAGACGUACAGGAAGUCGGCGAGGAAUUGGCUGAGGCAACAGCUGAAGCCACCGAAGCCGCGGAAGAGGCCGAGAGCGCUGCCAAUGCAGCCACUGAAGAUGCCAGCGAAGCCGCUGACGACGUGCAGGAAGCUAGCGAGGAUUUGGCUGAGGCAAUAGCCGAAGCCACCGAAGUCGCCGAAAAGGAAGAGAGCGCUGCUGUCGCAGCGACUGAAGCCCUGGAAGAAGCGAGUGAGGCAGCCGAAGAUGCCAGUGAGGCCGCGGAAGACGUACAGGAAGCCGCGGAAGAGGCCGAGAGCGCUGCCGAUGCAGCCACUGAAGCUGUGGACGACGCAUCUAUUGCAGUGAGUGAUUUCGAAGCUAUCACAGACGCUGUAGGUGGUGAUGAGACCACACCGGCCGCGGAAGCAAGCGCCCCACCUGCUGAAGAGCCGAAACCUGCGGAGGAAAGUGCGCCUGCGGACAGUGAGGCUGCGACCGCAGACGAGGAUGAUGAUGGUGUACGUGACAUUGUAGAGGAAGCUUCAAUCGAAGCCGAUGAAGCGACUGCUGCAGCCACUGAAGCCCUUGACAAUGCGGGUGAGGCAGCCGAAGAUGCCAGUGAGGCCGCAGAAGACGUACAAGAAGCCAGCGAGGAAUUGGCUGAGGCAACAGCCGAAGCCACCGAAGCUGCAGAAGAGGCAGAGAGUGUUGCCGAUGCAGCCACCGAAGCAGUGGACGACGCAUCUGUUGCAGUGAGUGAUUUCGAAGCUAUCACAGACGCUGUAGGUGGUGAUGAGUCUGCACCGGCCGCGGAAUCAAGUGUACCACCUGUUCAAGAGCUGACUGCGCCAGCCGCAGAAGAGAGUGCACCGGCUGCAAGCGACGAUGCCAGCGCACCUGCAGCCACCGAUGAAGUAGAAUUGAUCGAUGAGGCCGAGGCUCUAGCCUCAGAAGCCGCCUCGGCUGCCGACGCUGCGUCAGAAGCCCUGGCGGACGGUAAUACCAGUGCAGCACUGGCUUUGGCGAGUGAGGCGGUGAGUUCAGCUGAGGAAGCAGCAGAGCUUGCUUCUGAAAUUGCCACGGACGCUACUCACAUGUCUGAAUCGAGUGACGCUCUAGCCGUUGCCACUGGAGCUUUGGACGAGAUUGAGGCCGUUUAAAGACAGGCGCUGUUUAUAAGUUUGAGUGUGCUACAGGGUGCGUUUAUGUGGUCUGAAGACUGAAAUCUUGACUUGAUCGUUAA